CCACAACAGAGCUAAUAGUAAAUAACACACACACGGUUUGCCAGGAGAAGGAGCGUACUGUUUUAUCUUCAAUAUGCUGAAAAAGAAAUCAAGCGGUGCAGAAAAGAAAAGGAAACACUCAAAGUCAGAAGAACGUCAGGCAGUCAGGAAACGGAGGAGCUCGGAGACACACGUGGAGGACUCCAAGGACGAGCUCGCAGACCCGGAGCUGGACCGGAUCGGCAGCGACAUCGAGGAAGGGGGACUUGACCUCAGCGUGCCCUUCCAGCCCAUCACAGCGUACAUCGGCGACAAGGGGGAGAUGCUGCAGCAGUGCUUCCGGGUGUUGGGGGAGAAGAAGCUGAGGAAGAUGCUGCCUGAUGAGUUCAAGGAUUGUAGUUUAGAGGAAAUCAAAACACUGUGCUGGGAGCAACUAGAGCCGAUCUCAGAGAAAAAUCUACAUCAGAUUUUAGCAGGAGAAGAGCUGGCACCUGGAAACAACAAUGAAGGGACCUCAGAGAGCCAGCAAGACAAUAAUGUCGACUCUACUUCUUGCCUCAAGGAAACGGCAAAAACGGACGACCCGAAACAAGAUGUGGCCGGUUCUGGCGAGGAGAGCGACGUCCUGAGCAUAAACGCAGACACUUACGACAGCGACAUCGAGGGCCCCAAGGACGAGCCGCCCCCGAAGGCCGCCGACACGGGGGCGAAGGCGGGCGACGGCAGAGGAGAGCGCUCCGACCCGGCAGCAAAGCCCGACGAGCCGGCCGACCCCGAGACGAAGAAAGACRUUCAGAGCGAUAUAGACAGGAGCGUCAGUGAGAUCUUGGCGCCGGCCGCCGGUCAAGCUGGAGAAGCGGAAUCGAAGGCGGCGGCGGCGGCGGCGCAGGGUCUCGACGUGGAUUCCGCCAGUCAGCCUUCGAUUCAGCAGCUGGAGCUGCUGGAGCUGGAAAUGAGGGCGAGGGCCAUAAAGGCUCUGAUGAAAGCUGGGGAUAAGAAGAAGCUUUGUAUAACCAAUAACACUUAAUUUUUAUUUAUUUAUUUAUAUUCUUGUUGUUGUUUGUGGUUGAACAUUUGAACGCCUAACUCAUCCUUAAUAAACUCGAGCUGUAUUUUUGUAUUUUAUCA